GGUCUAUUUUUGUGCAAACGGGCAGGUCUGGGCAAAGAAAGAAAUCGGCGCGGGAGUACUGGUUUGGUUAGAAAGCAGGUUGACGGUCUGCAGCGAAGGAUUUAACAAGUAGCUCUAGUCUUCAGUCGACAUGGCCACAUCAGAGAUCCAUGUUAAGGAGUUGGACAAGCGUGCCUCUGGCCAGGCAUUUGAGCUGAUCCUUAGUCCUAACCAUGCCGAAGGCAGGCCCGAGUUCCCCCUUUCACCGCCCAAGAAGAAGGACCUUUCCUUGGAGGAGAUCCAGAGGAAGCUGGAAGCUGCAGAGGAGAGACGCAAGUCCCAUGAAGCUGAGGUUCUGAAGCACUUGGCUGAGAAACGUGAGCACGAGAAGGAAGUUCUUCAGAAGGCCAUGGAGGAGAACAACAACUUCAGUAAGAUGGCAGAGGAGAAGCUGAAUUCUAAAAUGGAGGCCAACAAAGAGAAGCGUACUGCACAGAUGGCGGCUAAAAUGGAACGCUUAAAAGAGAAGGAUAAGAAAAUUGAAGAAGUGCGUAAGAACAAAGAGACCCAAGAAGGUGCUGGAAACUGAAGUUUAUAAUGUAGGGAAUAUACUUUUUUUUUUUUUUUUUUUUUUUCCCAUAUCCAAAGAUGUGUGUUGCUUUUUUUUUUUUUUUUUUUUUUUUUUAUGGCCAAUAUCUUUCAUUUUGUUUCCAAUGGUAAUUUAGUUCACUGCCUUUCUGGUUACCUUGUGGGGACAAAGGAGUCAUUCCACUCUAAGUGUUCUUGCAAUGAUAUUUUGCUGUAGAUAAUUCUUGUUGCAUCUUUUUCUACUUGUAGUGUUGAAUUGCAGAGGCAAAGCUUUUAAAUAAGCAGUGUUCCCCUUUGGGUGGGAUGGGGGGAUAAAAGCAUGUCUAUAGUGCAUAUGUCCUUAACACUGUCUGUUAUAGUGCAAGCUGAAAAUCUGUAUCUGUGGAAGUCCAAACUGCUGUUUGUUAACCUUAAUAAAACUACACGGAGCUGUU